AUGCUUUCUCGCUUUGGCUCGCGACGAAUUCCUUCAAGAGCUGAGCUGUUAUUUUCGAGACGCAACUCGACUGUGAGCAAUCGCAGUUUCUUCAGGCACUUCACGCUUGGUGUGCUCGUUGGCACUACCGGUGGACUAGCUUUGGUUGGAACGGCUGGGUAUGGAAUCUACCACUACUCCGGACUAAAGAGGGCCGUGGACACCUUUACUCCCGUCGCCAUCCUGCUGAAGAAAACGAAAGAGCAACUAGCAACAGAAAAAAAUCCUACACGCGCUCUGAGCUAUCUCCGGCAAGCGGUCAAAGCAUACAUCGCAUACAUCCCGGGUGCUGGCUUCCUUGUCGACAGGGCAUUUAAUUCAGCUGAGGAAGCUGUUGGUCCUCAUGCAGACGAAGCCAAUGCCAUUAUCGCCAAAGCAUAUGAAGACAUUUUUCUCGUCGUUCAAACAGGGCAGAAUGAACACCGACCAAGCAGUGUUGUCCAAAUCCUGACCAUCUGUAGACAGUUGCUGAAGGACUUGACGGCGCUCGGCGCCAGGGCGGGAGCACCAAUCGCAGAAAGACUUGAACUCGAGAAAAGGAUGCAAGAGAUCGGCAAUAGCGCUGAUGCUUUGGUUCAAGGAGCAAAAUCUAAACUGCCAGAGGUUCAACAGAGCAUGGAGAAACUUGGUGAGAAGGCCCGGGGCUUCGUGAUAGAACAAUUCUCGAAAGGUAGAGAAAGGGCUUCUCGCUCGAUGGAAGGACAAGGAGACUCCGCAAUUGAAGUCAAGAAGGAUUCAAUGUGA